AUGGCUUCCUCAGCCUCACACGCAGACCCAUUCUCCAGGCCCCCAGGCCGUAUCUUGUCCAACUCGUCUUCAGGCUCCUCGUCCUGGAGUGAUCACAGGCACUGGGCCUCUCAUCCAGACGACAUGGUCCAGCCCUUUACUGCCGACAUGCGAGACCGUCAGGCUCGUGGCAAGGACCCUUACGUGCCCGAGGACGAUUCCAACGGAGCCGACUUCGCCCGCCGCGCCGGGAGGGCAGCCCCUCCCAUGGGCAUCCACGCCAUGGGCGGUGGCAGCGUCAGGCUGGGCGGUGGCGCACCCUCGAGGCAACUCAAGGAGCCCUUUCAAAAAACAGAGCGGCGUGACUGGGCGGAGACGGUUCUCGACAGCCCAGAACUGCUAAUGCUGUAUGCCCACAGCACCGGCGAGACUCUUCCUGUAGCCCGCAUGAGGUUCAAGAAGAUCAUGUGUGGCCUCGACGACUACGAGGAGGAUGACACGUCUCUCCCGGACGCCUCUCAGGGUGGUCCUGGCGGAUACCAGAACAACGGCGGUCUGCAGCAGCAGCAGCAACAACAGAGGUCCAGCACUUCCUCCCUCUCGGCCCAACAGCACGGCAGCCGGAGAGGAGGUGGUACAGCCGGCGGGCCAAGAAAUGGGAGGUGA